AUGAUUUAUAUUCUAGUUACUGUGGUAUUGAUUGCUGGUGUAGAUUACAUCUUAUUUCGCUUGCGUAAUCUAGAUGGCAGUGGAGCUCAGACAAGUGAAGACAGCUGUGACCCUCAGGAGUUGAAGGUGUGUGUAGACGGAACACCUCGUACAGCAGUUGGUCUGCCUCGGACCAGGGAAGAACUGGACAAACAUUGUCUUGCAUAUCAGACGGGUAUGUCAUGUAUGGACACGUGGAUUAAGAGAUGUCUACCGACGGAUGGACAGAAGAUCAUUCAACAACAGAUCGGUGGAGCCCGGGCUCUCAUGAGAUAUUUAUGUACCAACGAUACUGCUCUACGGAGAGACUUCCUGAAGGAGCCGUCGUGUUGGUCGCUGGUGUCUUCAGACUGGUCUCAAUGUGUGGAUGAACUACAGCUGGCUGCGAGAGCCAUCUCCGAGAGGUCACAUCAUAUAGUAUAUUUCAACAAGAACAGCGAACUCUGCUGUGCCCGAGACUCGUUCAUGUCGUGCGUGAGUCGCGCCGGCCGCGUGUGUUCGUCGUCGGCGAGUGAUCUCCUGCGUCGUAUGUCGUGGGUGUUAGCUCAGGACGUGGCUGCCUGCAGUCAGCACCCUCGAGCACAUUGUGCUUCUCCUCCUCCUCACACACAACGCAGACAACUCUCACUCAUCACGGCUCUGUCAGGACUAGUGCUCUUUCCGUACGGGUUCUGA